UUUGGCGCGCUGCCGGAAGAUUUCUUCUUAAAUGGUUCUUCCGCGGCACUGCCUAUUUGUUUCGGAUCGGGGCACGGAACGGUUGCAUAAAUAAGGAGUAAGCCAGGAAUCCCGUUAUUCCGUUAAACAUGAGUUCUGAAAAUGAUUCAACCAGUUCCAGUGCAGCGGCAGGUUCAUCUGCUUCCGGUAGUUCGACCGACUUUUCUCAAAUAGUCCCGGAGCAGAGCCACAGUCUGGCCCAGCGGAUGUUACUGCACGUAUAUCGAACUUCCGGUAUUGCGGCCGCUCGGCAGCUUCCAUUUUGGGAGAACUUCCGGUCCCGAGAAAUGAACAUCCGGAUGUCGGCCCGGGAUCUUCGGACGAUGUUUUUCUCUGAGGUCCUUCUCGAGCCAGAGCACUUCUACGAACUUCCCUACGCCACCGUUCAGUAUUUGAACCCGCAGUUCAACAUAUAUCAGCCGGAAGUGCUCGAUUUUGGGGAUCUUGCCGAAGGAGAGGACUUUCAACUCAACGUUCCCCAUCAAUCGAUAACCGAAGACUUCAAUCCUGAAGACCUAGUUCGCUUUGUAAGCAUCCCCAUAGAAGCUGAACGUAAUCUUGAUCUACCACCUGCGGAUCUAGAUUUGGUCCACAAUCCUCCGAAACCACCAACCGAAGAAGAGGAACUAGCCAAGCAAUUUGCCCGGAUGCUAAGCGAACUAGUAUGGACAGAAGAAGAAACCGUUGAGAAACCGAUCCUUGAUAUUCCCGAACUUCGUGAGCGUAUGCUCAACCUAGCAAAGGCAGGAGUUUCCAUCCAAGACCUACUUCAACCAGGAGUCCAAGCGCGUGAUCUCCUCGCCACCCAACAAUCGGGCAAAAUUGUUCACGUGGAUCAGCAGGUUCCGGAAGUUCCCAAAACCAUUGCUCGCACCAUUCUCAAACGGUGCAAAUCCUUGGGCGAUUCCGGUAUCGGAUCAUCCCCGAAGAAACGAACUCGGCUAUUCCCUACCUCGUCAUCCAGAAGAGGAGAAGCGCUUCGGCGCACUUUUUCGACCCCCGCUAAUGACAGUCCGUCCCAGUGAUUUUUUCCAUACUGAGUUAUUUUUAGUUAACUGUUCUAUUGUAAGAAAAAAAUGUCUGAGCUUAUCAUACUUUUUUGAAAUGCUUGAAC